CAGGGGACCCGCCCAAGUGGAUGUUGCAGGAAAGGAGAAUCGGGAGCGAGGACAAAAAGGGCUCGACUUCAGGUGCAGCAGAAUUCCCCAGCCCCCCAAGGAUUUGAGACCCAUCAGCUUUCCUCACCUGGGUUAGCCGGCCGGUUGAAGCCGUUGCUUGAACCCCUGUUGCAUGCUGACAGCUUCUGGAAGCCACAGGUGAGAGCUGAGUGCAGGGUGGGGACCAAGGGUGGAAAAAUGACCCCAGGAGGUGCAGGACAUGUCCCCCACCAAAGGAACUACUGCUCCCCAACACCCCAUGACAUCUCGAUUCAGGUAGGUAGCCGUAUUGGUCUGACGCACUUGAAAUAAAAAAUUAAAAAAUAGUACAGUAGCACCUUAGGGACCAGCUAAUUUUGUUCUAGGUAUAAGCUUUGGUGUGCAUGCACACUUCUUCAGAUACACUGACACAGAUGUCACCAGAACCUUGUAUAUCGUGGGAGGGUGGGCUGGGGUUUUUCUCAGAAAGGUACUCCUACUACCAUCUCACACUACCCUUCACUAUAUGAAGAAGUGUGCAAGCACAUGAAGUGUGCAAGCACUUGGUCCCUAAGGUGCUGUUGCUGUUGUUGUUGUUUAGUCGCUUAGUCGUGUCCGACUCUUCGUGACCCCAUGGACCAGAGCAUGCCAGGCACUUCUGUCUUCCACUGUCUCCCGCAGUUUGUUCAAACUCAUGCUGGUAGCUUCGAGAACACUGUCCAACCAUCUCAUCCUCUGUCGUCCCCAUCUCCUUGUGCCCUCCAUCUUUCCCAACAUCAGGGUCUUUUCCAGGGAGUCUUCUCUUCUCAUGAGGUGGCCAGAGUCUUGGAGCCUCAGCUUCAGGAUCUGUCCUUCCAGUGAGCACUCAGGGCUGAUUUCCUUCAGAAUUGAUAGGUUUGAUCUUCUUGCAGUCCAUGGGACUCUCAAGAAUCUCAUCCAGCACCAGAAUUCAAAAGCAUCAAUUCUUUGGCGAUCAGCCUUCUUUAUGGUCCAGCUCUCACUUCCAUACAUCACUACUGGGAAAACCAUAGCUUUAACUAUAUGUUGGCAAGGUGAGGUCUCUGCUUUUUAAGAUGCUGUCCAGGUUUCUCAUUGCUUUUCUCCCAAGACCCUAAGUUGCUACUGGACUAUUUUUGUUAAUUUUUUACUUCAACUGUGUCAGACCAAUAUGGCUACCUACUAUUAAGUACAGUUAUCUCCUUGCCAUGAAUAUCCUGCCUUUCAGUGACAGAUUAGGAUAGUCCUGUGUCAGAAGACAAGCAGAGGAUCAGGCAGCACAUCAUCAUUGUAAAGAACCAUUGGGGUGGGUGUUUCCAUCUGGGAUUCCCAUUUGCCAUCUUCUUUCCUUCUGCUUCUCCUGCUCUUCAUGCAAUGUGAGGCAUGUAGACAGAGGUCCAUCUCCGAGAACAGGAGCGUCCCUAAGCACCCAUUCAGCUGACCCCAAGCACCAAGCCUUGUCACUAGUUCUCUGACUGACCCAGACCACAGUCCCCAGAAAAGACGUAGACCUGGGUCUCCCAAAAUGGUCCAUAUGGACCUCCUGAGGUCAGUGGGACUGUGCAGGUGAUUCAUGAAGAUCCAGAGGUGGAAAUGGGGGCAACCACUUGAUUUGAAAGGCAGUCUCAGAGGACAACGGUAUUACAAGAUCAUGCUGUGUUAUUAAAGAUGAUUGAGGAUUAUGAAAGGUUGCUGAUGCAUUACUAUCAUUCGACAUCAUACCAUUUUCAUUUUCUAAAAAUUGGGAACAUGGGGAGGACAUGGGAGAAUGUAGGAGAUGUUGAAAUAGGAGAAGGUGCUUAUGGCGGUUGAUGUGUCCUUUUCCCCCUGUGUUCUUUUUCCUGAAACCCAAACAGGAUUUCCUUUCUGCCCACUCUGAAAAAGGUGAUGGAGAAGACAGAAUUGCAGGGGACAGGGCACCUUUUGUUUCAUUAGAUAUAGCCAUUAAAAUGUGUGAAAUGUGGAAUAUGCUUCACUGAAUGAGCACACAUAGUUCACAUCAACGAACACAAAAAGGAAAGAAUACAUUUAAAGGUAUGGAGUGCGGAAAGAGCUUCUGUUUCAAUGCAAAACUUAGAACACACCGGCGGACUCACACAGGGGAGAAACCAUUUAAAUGUAUGGAGUGUGGAAAGAGCUUCAGUCAGAGUGGACAACUUAGACAACAUCAACGGACUCACACAGGGGAGAAACCAUUUAAAUGCAUGGAGUGUGGAAAGAGCUUCAGUCAGAGUGGACACCUUAGACAACAUCAACGGACUCACACAGGGGAGAAACCAUUCAAAUGUGUGCAGUGUGGGAAGUGCUUCAGUUUCAGUGCAAGCCUUAGAUCACAUCAAUGGAAUCACACAGGGGAGAAACCAUAUGAAUGUAUGGAGUGUGGAAAAGUCUUCAGUCAGAGUGGAGACCUUAGACGACAUCAACAGACUCACACAGGGGAGAAAGCAUUUGAAUGCAUGGAGUGCGGAAAAGUCUUCAGUAGGAGUGGACACCUCAAAAGACAUCAACGGACACACACAGGGGAGAAAGCAUUUGAAUGCAUGGAGUGCGGAAAAGUCUUCAGUGAGAGUGGAAACCUCAAAAGACAUCAACGGACUCACACAGGGGAGAAACCAUUUAAAUGCAUGGAGUGUGGAACGAGCUUUCGUCAGAGUGGAAGCCUUAGACAACAUGAACGGACUCACACAGGGGAGAAACCAUAUAGAUGCACUGAGUGUGGAAAGAGCUUUAGUAUUAGUGGAAGCCUUAGAGAACAUCAACGGACUCACACAGGGGAGAAACCAUUUAAAUGCAUGGAGUGUGGAAAGGACUUCAGUAAAAGUUCACACCUUAGAUCACAUCAACAGACUCACACAGGGGAGAAACCAUUUCAAUGUAUGGAGUGUGAAAAGAGUUUUAGUGAUAAUGGAAAACUUAGAAGACAUCAACGGACUCACACAGGGGAGAAACCAUUUCAAUGUAUGGAGUGUGAAAAGAGUUUUAGUGAUAAUGGAAGUCUUAGACAACAUCAACGGACUCACACAGGGGAGAAACCAUAUAAAUGCAUGGAGUGUGAAAAGAGUUUUAGUGAUAAUGGAAAACUUAGAAGACAUCAACAGACUCACACAGGGGAGAAACCAUUUAAAUGCAUGGAGUGUGAAAAGAGCUUUAGUGUUAGUGGAAACCUUAGAGAACAUCAACGGACUCACACAGGGGAGAAACCAUUUAAGUGCAUGGAGUGUGGAAAGGACUUCAGUAACAGUUCACACCUUAGAUCACAUCAACGGACUCACACAGAGGAGAAACCAUUUAAAUGCAUGGAGUGUGGAAAGAGCUUCCGUAAGAGUGGAGAUCUUAGAAAACAUCAACGGACUCACACAGGGGAGAAACCAUUUAAAUGUAUGGAGUGUGGCAAGGACUUCAGUCGGAGUACACACCUUAGACAACAUCAACGGACUCACACAGGGGAGAAACCAUAUAAAUGUAUCAAGUGUGGAAAGAGCUUUAGUAAUAGUGCAAACCUUAGAAGACAUCAACGGACUCACACAGGGGAGAAACCUUUUUAAAUGUAUGAAAUGUGGAAAGAGCUUCAGUUAUAGUGGAAACCUGAGAAGACAUCAACAUGCUCACAUCGGUAAGAAACAAUUUAAAUGUAUGGAGUGCGGAAAGAGCUUUAGUGAGAAUGGAAAACUUAGAACACAUCAACGGACUCAGACGGGAGAAACCAUUUAAAGGUAUGGACUGUAAAAGGAGCUUCAGUCAGAGUGGAACCCUUGAUUUAUAUCAACAAACUCACACAAAAGACAAACCAUAUAAAUAUCAGGAAAGUAGACAGAGGUUCACUGUUAGUGGAAGUUCAAAAUCAACAGACUUAUGGACAGGAAGAACUUUAACAGUUGACACCCUUCAAACCAUCACAAACUCAAAGAGGAGAAGCAGUUUAUAUGAAAAGACUGCAAAAAGUGCUUUAUUUAUAAUGGAGUAUUUAAGGAACAUCUAGGGACUCUCACAUGGGAGAACCCAUUUAGAUGUAUGGAGUGUGGGAUGUCUUCC